CUCCGGUUGCAUCAGUUGGCUUCAAUCCCUCGCCUAGAUCAUUAAGCAACGAAAGAGACACGAACCACGGAACAGCAUGCCCAUCUCCGUCCCGCACAUCCGCCAUCGCUCGUCGCUUUCCAGUAAUCGUUCGCACGAUGAACCCAAGGCUGAGCCCGUGAGCGGGGACGACGAGAUCGUCGAGCCCGACCAGGGAAAUGUUCUCUCCCAUAUCAUCUCCCAGCUCCGACCGGGGGCUGACCUUAGUCGGGUCGUCUUGCCUACCUUCAUCCUGGAGCCCCGAUCCAUGCUCGAGCGCAUCACCAACUUCAUGGCGCACCCCGAGACUUUGCUUCCUAUGCCCACCAUCGACGAUCCCCUCGAACGAUUCGUUUCCGUCGUCAAGUUCUAUCUGAGUGGAUGGCACAUCAAACCUCCAGGAGUGAAGAAGCCGCUGAACCCGAUUCUUGGAGAGACCUUCACCUGCUACUGGGACUAUCCCGAUGGUACCCGCGGAUACUACAUCUCUGAGCAGACCUCUCACCACCCGCCCAAGUCUAGCUAUUUUUUCAUGGCACCUGAGCACAACAUCCGGAUAGAUGGCACCCUGAAGCCCCGCAGUAAGUUCCUCGGGAACUCGGCCGCCAGCAUGAUGGAGGGAAUUGCUAUUCUGCGGUUCAUGAACCGCGGGCAGGACAAGGAGAAGGGCGAACGAUACAUCGUGACGCAACCGAACAUGUACGCCCGGGGCAUCCUUUUCGGAAAGAUGAAGUACGAACUUGGCGAUCACAGCUAUGUGCGGUGCCCGGAGAACAACCUCGUUGCGGACAUCGAGUUUAAGACCAAGGGGUACUUCUCUGGCACUUACAACGCCAUUGGUGGAACAAUCAAGAACGAAAAGACGGGAGAGGUCUACUACGAACUGUCCGGCCUCUGGAACGGCGAAAUGCACAUCAAGGAUGUUCAUACCCACAAGAAGGAUCUCCUCUUCAACGCCACUAGCGCAAAGCAUACCCCUCCAUCCAGCAGGCCCAUUGAGCAGCAGGGCGAGCGCGAGUCGCAGCGCUUGUGGCACAACACGGUGAAAGCCAUCAUUGCCCGGAACCACGAGGCGGCUACGGACGAGAAGACCAAGAUCGAGGAUCGCCAACGAGAGGAAGCAGCGAAGCGAGUCGAAGAAGGCGUUGAGUGGCACCCGCGGCUUUUCCGGCGGGUGCAGGGCGGGCCCAACGGCCCAGACGAGGGAGAAGAGGAUCUGGACUGGAUCAUCAAUGCGCAAGUCGAUCCGCAUAACGCCGAGGUCGCCAUCAAACAGAUCCUAUCUAUUGCCCCAAUUCUCGAAGACUAGGAUCGAAGUAGAAGAGGCAGUCGAGCGGAAAGACUCACGGACAUCUGAUGUCGAUGCCUACGUUGAUGCCAAGGAGAAAUAGGC